UCCCAUCCUCUGAUUACAACCGAGGGAAGCAGAGUGAGACAGGCAGGAUGUUACACCCUAGCUAUAGAGAAAGUAAACUGUGCUUGCCUUCAGAACCUUGUUGCUGUUGAGUUCAUUUCAAGUGCUUGUUCUUCACACAAGGCUCACAAAGCACUCACCUCAUCCAAGGCGCUGUCGUACUUGUUCAGUGUUUCUUCUAGAACUCCUUGUUAGAAGUGUCCUGACACUCAGACCACGCAGUUCUACAAGUCUCUGAUCCAGCGAUGGCCAGCCGGGUCCGUGACAAGAAAGACCCAGACAUUGAGCUUUUCAUUAAGGCUGGACACGAUGGAGAAAACAUUGGGAACUGUCCAUUCUGCCAACGCUUCUUCAUGGUCUUAUGGCUGAAAGGAGCCCGCUUCAAUGUUACAACAGUGGAUAUGAAAAAGAGACCAGAAGAACUAAAGGAUUUGGCUCCUGGGUCGAAUCCUCCCUUCCUCCUGUUCAAUGGAGAGCUGAAGACCGAUGUAAUAAAGAUUGAAGAGUUUCUGGAGGAGACAUUAGCUCCACCAAAGUACCCACAUCUGUCCCCAAGGUACUCCGACUCCUUUGGUGCUGGCAGCGACAUCUUUGCCAAAUUUUCAGCGUACAUCAAGAACAAAUGUGCCGACAGCAGAGGAAAGUUUGAGAACGCCCUGCUGAAGGAACUCAAGCGAUUGGACAAUUAUCUGAAAGAGCCGCUCCUGGAUGAAAUUGACGCCAACAGUUCCGCGAUGCUGCUCGUCUCCAAGAGGAAGUUUCUGGACGGGAAUGAGCUGACAAUGGCGGACUGCAACCUGCUGCCAAAGCUUCACAUCAUCAAGGUGGCUGCGAAGAAAUAUCUGAAUUUUGAGAUUCCUAAGGAAAUGUUUUUCGUCUGGCGAUACCUGAACAAUGCGUACAAACGGAAUGAGUUCAGCCAAACCUGCCCAGCAGACGAAGAGAUUGAGAGGGCAUACGCUGACGCUGCCAAGAACACGCAGUGAAUUGCUAACCGUAUCUCUCGGUUUCUGUCUCUAUCGCCACAUCAGUCUAUAUGGGA